ACUAACUCUAAACUCUUUGUCUACAAAUACAAUUGCAAAACCGUUUUAGUUUCAGACAUUAGAACUUAAAAAAAAUAGAGUUCAAAUCAUUUUGAAUUUGUUUUGAGUUUGAAAAAAUGGGAGAUGAAGAGGUAGUAUUGUUGGAUUUCUUCCCAAGUCCCUUUGGGAUGAGAGUGAGGAUUGCCUUAGCGGAAAAAGGGAUAAAAUACGAGAACAAGGAAGAAGAUUUGCGGAACAAAAGUGAUUUGCUUCUGAAGACGAACCGUAUUCAUAAGAAAAUCCCUGUUCUUAUCCACAAUGGUAAACAUGUUUGUGAGUCCCUCAAUUAGGUUUAGUAUAUUGAUGAGAUUUGGCCGCAUAAAUCUCCCUUACUCCCUACUGAUCCUUACCAAAGAGUCAUCGAUAGGUUCUGAGGUGAUUUUGUUGACAAGAAGGUUCUCUCUUCUCUUUCUUUUCAUUUUUAUGGGUUUCUUUGGCCUUACUACCUUUGAAUUUUUGAGCUUAAGCAUUGCUUGUACAGGUGGAUUUUCUUUCCUUUUUAGGUAAUUUGGAUAAUAAGAUUAAUAAACCACAAACUAUUUAUGUUUUAUAUUCUAAUCCAAGUAGCCUAGGAGACCAAGAUUUUUAACUCUAAGAGAUUAAGCUUAAAAGUUAUGUAGGUUGCUAAUCUAGGUCUAGCUUCAAUCUCUUUUUACGAAUUGAUUUAAAAGAAAUACAAGUUUCUUAGUUUUCAUAAUUUAGUAUUAUUUGAUUGAAAUCAUUAUAUUUUGUGUUGUAUGGAUAAAUUAAUGGUGGAUGAAAUGCAAAUAUAUGGUUUAGAGAGUAUGAAAGUCUGGGCGACAAAGGGAGAAGAACAAGAAUCGGCAAAGAAAGAGUUCAUUGGGUGCCUGAAAUUGUUGGAAGGAGGGCUUGGAAACAAGGCUUAUUUUGGUGGGGAGAAUCUUGGUUACAUUGAUGUUGUGUUGGUUCCAUUUUACAGCUGGUUUUAUGCCUAUGAAAAGUGUAGGAAUUUUAGCAUUGAUACAGAGUGCCCCAAGUUAAUUGCAUGGGCUAAAAGGUGCAUGGAGAAAAGCAGUGUUUCCAAGUCUCUGCCUGAUCAAGACAAAAUCUAUGGCCUUGUUUUGCAUUUGAAGAAAGUGUUCAGAAUUGAGUAAAAUAUUGUGCUUACAACUGAAACACAAAAUUAAAUAUACUUUUUCAACACCUUUUGAGCUCUAAUUCAUGCAAUUUCACAGUAUUUUUUUGUCGAAAUUCUUACUUUAAUGAUAAAAUAAUGAAUUUACACAAA